GAACGCACUGUGAAGCUAGGCAAGACUGUCCGUAUACUCCACGAACGCCUCCCUAGCCUGCUUGCGUCGCCGCUGCCACAAGAGAUACUCUCGCCGCAGAUCUCACUCCAUCUAUUUCCCUCGACACACCCACAUCUUCCGACUGUCUCUGGAAGAAUUGCCUACCUCGCUGCUCUAUGGACGGCACCUGUUGCUUGGGGACGAGUACCUGUGGUAGGCAAUGUCAAGCUCACAGUGAUCUCGGAACGUAUGGUUCGACACGGCGGCAAUAAUGCGAGCUCGGCAUUCCGUGAUGAGAAGCUCAUAGUCAAGUGGAAAACAUGUGGAAAGGCUAGAAAGAAGAACUCUGCUGGUAUAUAUCGUGGCAUUGGGGCCAAUGAGCAAGUGGAAAGAAUCACCGACGUCCUCGGCGGCAAGGCAAGAGACGACGAGGAGUUCUGUGGUCUCUUCAUCUUUGAGUUCGACGAAGAAGGUCGAAUUGUCAAACACACGAUCGAACACGCGGACGAAGGAUCUGGCUCAGAACGCACCAACAGAGUGGUCAGCGUGACGGACUGGCUACUCGGCAAGGUCAAUGGACACCGAGAAGAACAUGUUCCCAGCCUCGCGUGGUGCAAA